GUUCUAGGUGUUCUGUUGGCAUCCGCAUCUAGACUUACAUGUUGGCUAGCUAGCUAGCUAGCUUGAUGUUCGAAGUUUGAUGAUUAGCAAUGGACGACUUUUAUGUUAAGCCAGGAAACCAGGAGCGGGGAUGGAACGACCCUCCACAGUUUUCAUAUGGUUUACAGACACAUUCUGGUGGACCGAAACGCAAUGUCCUCAACAAGAGGGUGCCCCCACCACAACUGACAGGUCAAAGUCCUGGAUUGGGAUCACACACUUCUCCAAUCAAUACGUCAGUCCCUUCAAAUAACCCAGUGCCCCCUACCAUGGGUGGACUGACCCCACCUCCUCCCAAGAGUCACAUGUCCUCAGGUGGAGAAACAAGCUCACGCCCCUGUUCCUCAAAGAUUCAGAAUGACUCCUCUAUGCAACUGGAGAAUGAACUCAACCUUACUGAUGUUCAGGCACCUCUUCUCUGGGCGUUGACUGCAUGUAGACAAUCUGUAAAGAAACAGGUAUGUGAUGACGUAGAGCGGCGGUUGAACCUUUUUGAAGACAUGUGGAAAGGUGGGAAACUCUCCCUCCCAGUUAAAUGUAGGAUGAAUGGACUUUCCCGAGAGCUGAGAAGCAGGAGAUGGGAUGCAGCAGAUGAGAUUCAUAGAGCUCUGAUGGUGGACUAUGUAAAUGAGGUGAGUCACUGGAUGGUGGGAGUCAAGCGACUUAUUGCAGAGACGCGUAACUUGAGUCCAGAACUUCUCAUGGCAGACGUGCUGGCUCAGAGCUCUGAUGAACUGGUGCAAUGAGUUCUUACAGGGAUGUUUUGUACAGAUUACUGUACAAUAUUCUUUGAAACCUCUUUUCAUAACUGCUGUGAGACAGAUCAAAUCAGACAUUCUUGAUCAUGUGAGGGGAAUUAAUACUUUAAAAUCUGCAUAAUAUUGCAACUGGUUAAAUUGUAACUUUUCCCAUACCCUGUUUAUCUUAAAAGUCCUCUUCUCGCUGAUUGCAUAGUCAAAGAGUUGUUCCCGGAAGUUAAGAUUGGCUAAAUGCGGUGGGCUUAAUAUCACCUUACUUGGGAUCUUUAUGGCAACUUGCUUUUUCAAAGUGGACAUCUUCCAAGACAACUGUGGAUUUAGCUGACGUGCAGAUUGUCUAUGCAACUACACCUUGUACUUUUUUUCUCUUUUUUACACAGCAUUACUUGUUUUGUUCAUUACGUGUCAUGAUUUUUGUGCUAUUUUGUUAAACAGUAAUUUACAUGGAAAACAAACCUGUUGGCUUCAACCUUCAGUACUGUAGAGUGGGAGUGUGGCUGUUUGUAGCCCAUUGGCUAAAUAUUCAUGUAUAUAAUACCCUAAGAAUUAAGGAGCUAUAUGGCACUUGUGUGUAUUUCCAACAUUGUAGUUCCCACUUCCAUUUGAACAAAUCUGUGUAUUUGUCAAUAUAUUCAAAUGUUUAGCAUGUUUUCUUACUGUGUAAAUAAAAUGAAUGAUAUAAAUAACACA